AUGCUGGAAGACCCUGAUUCUAUGCGCUCUAUAGGUGAGAUAGACCCCGGCGCUAUGCUCUCUUUGGGAGAGGAAGAAGAACCUAGGCGCCUCCUUGCUCCUGCCCCACUUCCUCCAUUGCCGCGUCGGAAAAAUCCCGUCAUAGCAAGUGAGAUGGACAGGAAGUACUUCAUGCAUCUCGCGCUCUACAGCGACAUCGUGCUCACCGACUCCCUCAGAAUCCAUCAAGACACCAGCACACACGAUGAUUACACCGACAACAUCCUCGUCAUAGCACUGAACGCUUUUCACCUAACCGCAUCGGAUACAAGCCGGUGCAGUCUAAGGUACGUCAAGAUUGUAACUAAGAGGAAUUGCUUGAGCACGUACUACGCGUGUAAAAUCAUGUCUCUAGUCGUGAGAUGGGACGACACAGAUAAGUACCUGCAUAAAAUCUUCACAGGCGAGAUCUCACGAGAAGAGCAACCUACGCUUGGGUAUAGAUUCGCAGCAUGGAGAAGGUGUUUGCAAAAACGCUUCUUCGGAUUCGAGGAAACUAGGGUUUGGGAACCUGAUGAAAAUGGCGCUAUCUCUUCCCAUAAACUCCGCGCGAGCGGAACCCGACCCGAAGAUUCGAAUUGGGUUUCAAUUGGGAACGAACCCUCACGCCUAACGACUACAUAUUUACUUACUGGAUUAGGGAAAUGGAGUCUCCGUACUGGUGGAUUACGGGACCAUGCUGGCGGGACAAGGCCUAUGAAAGCGAAGCACGAACGCCUCACCAUUGGCACGUCUGACAACACCACGUCCCAGUGCACUGUCACUUCUGGUAGCUAUUCGCUUCGAACACUUCGGCAGAUAAGAAAACUGGGAGGUUCUCGCGGCUCUGAAGAGAAGAAGACACCUGAUAUUGGAGAGCAAGUGAGUGAUAACAAGAAGGGAAUGGUAAGUGACCUGAAUAUUGAGGAUAUGGUCCGAAUAUGCGAAAAGAAAUAG